AUGUCCCAAUUUCUCCAUACAUUCACGCAAACGCCCUUGUUGGAAGUGGGCUUCCCCACCGUGGAGCGUCCCUUCGGUGUGUACUUGUGGCCGCUUUUCUCUGCCGUUUUCGAGAAGGUUGUUGGGUACCCUGCUGAACAAUUCGAGUUUGUUCACAACAAGACCUUCUUGGCCAACGGCUGGCAGGCCAUUGGAAUCAUCGCUGUGUACUACGUGGUGAUUUUCGGCGGCAGAUUUGUGUUCAACAGUUUGAACAUGCCUGCCUUCAAGUUGAACUUCUUGUUCCAGUUGCACAACUUGGGGUUGACCAUUGCCUCUUUGACGCUCUUGUUGUUGGUGAUUGAGCAGUUGGUUCCUAUUUUGUACCACCAUGGUUUGUUCUACGCCAUUUGCCAUGAAAACGCUUUUGCUCCUAAGUUGGUUACCUUGUACUACUUGAACUACUUGACCAAGUACUGGGAGUUGGUCGACACUGUGUUCUUGGUGUUGAAAAAGAAGAAGUUGUUGUUCUUGCACGUUUACCACCAUGGUGCCACUGCUUUGUUGUGCUACACCCAAUUGAUGGGUUCUACCUCCGUGGAGUGGGUCCCCAUUGCUUUGAACUUGGCCGUGCAUGUUGUCAUGUACUGGUACUACUUCUUGAGCGCCCGUGGUGUGCGUGUUUGGUGGAAAGAGUGGGUCACCAGAUUCCAAAUCAUUCAGUUUGUUUUGGACUUGGGUUUCGUUUACUUUGCUACCUACACUCACUACGCCUACAGAUACUUCAAGUCUUUGCCCCAUGUAGGCGACUGUUACGGUUCCGAGUUGGCUGCCUUCUACGGUUACUUGAUCUUGACCAGUUACUUGCUUCUUUUCAUUUCCUUCUACAUUAGAGUUUACAAGAACGGUGGUAAGAAGGCCGCCAAGAAGGACGCUGGUGCCGCUCCAGCCUCUUCCGGCUCCGCUACUGGUGUUGAGAGCUCCGGCAACAAGGUUCGUUCCAGAAAGGCUUGA